GCACGAGAACAGACAGGUACGGGCACUGGUACUCGUUGCUCGACCAAAUGUGCUCUCAUCAGUACAAGGCAAGUAUUCCGCGCCGCGCGUUUAUUCGGUGGGUGCCUGAUCUGACCGUGAGUCCCGGGGCAAUACCGCGAUUCGUACUGCCCAGGUACUGCUGCGGCUCGUCCUUGUACUCCGUCCGCUCCGGCCGCUCCAGUUUUCGUCGCGCAAAGCCUCCACCGAAAUCAGACAACGCAAUUUUUGGCUCUUUGCCUCGUGGACAGGGGGUUGCAGUGGGCGAGUCCCUUUCUGGCCGUUGGGGCAAAGGCGGUCUGGCCGCUGUCAAGGGACCUCAAGGCAUCCAGCGCUAUUACUCCAAACCCUGGUUUGUGUAUGGACGGACGAUGUGGUGGUAGCAGGAAUGCUUGCAAGGCUCUCGUCUCGUCUGCUUCCCAGUCACACCACCCACAGAGGCAGAAAAGGGUCUCAAGCUGGGACAAACAUGAGGUUGCUUGUGCCUGUAGUGUUACCUAGGAGGUGCUAGUUGCAAAGCAACACCCGUACUAACAGGAAGCA